AACUGCAGGAACAGACUGAGGAGCUCCAGGAGAGGAGCAGGAAGGUGGAGGGAAGGAGACGGCAGAGGCACUAAUAAGGAAGUGAGGGGGAGAGAAAGGAUGGAGUGAGGUGAAGUAAGAGGAGUGAAGGAUUGAGGAAAGGUGGAGAGAGAGAGAGAGAGAGAGAGAGAGAGAGAGAGAGAGAGAGAGAGAGAGAGAGAGAGAGAGAGAGAGAGAGAGAGAGAGAGAGAGAUGUGGACACGGAUAAGUGAGAAAGGUCCGACAGAACAAAGGUGAGAGGAUCGACGAAGAGUUGGAUGGGAAAGGAUGGUUGAUUAGGAGGAGAAAAGAGUGAUCAAAGGAGGAGAGGGAAGAGAAGAAAAGGGAGAAAUUCUGGGUUUGCAGGAGGAGGUGUGGAGCAGGAGGAGGUUUCCCUCUGGAGGAACCAAAACUUACCUCAGAGGAGCUCUGCAGAGUUCAGAGGCUGAAGCACAGGAGGCUGUUUGCUGGAAAGUUCUUGCUGUUAUCCUUGGAUCCAUCUGGACCAGUUUCAUCCGACUCCUCAGACUCGGUUCCUGUUUUUAACUAACUAGAACCAGGUGGACAAAUGAGAUUAUUUUCAUCUUCUGAUGUUGGUGACUGGAUUGAACAGGAAUUUCUUGACUCACCUUUCAGAUGAACUGAAUUUGGAGAAAAUGGCAGAUCUGUUGGGUCUGAUGGAUCCGAGGACAGUCCAAGGAUUUUCUUCUGGGUCGACCUGAACCAGAGGACUUCUUCUGAGAGAUCAACUCAAACAGAACAGGAGGAGGAGCAACAAAGGGGAAAACGACACAUCUGGACCAGCCAGAUGUUUUCUCCCAUUAUGAGGCUGAAGGUUGGAACGCCACGGAGGAUUAUCAACGACUCACUGAUGGAUGAACUGUUGGUUUUCAAUAAACUCUUAGAAAACGUUCCCAAACCAUCGACUGGAACACCGACAGCUGGAAUCAAAGCUUAAGAAAUCUUUGGGAGCAGCAGUGGAAUCACAGAAGCAUGUGUAGGAAUGUUUUAUGGAAUAAAACGCUCUAAACGUUCUAAAGAAAAUCAGAUUUGAUAGAUUCACACACCUAAGACUUUAUUUAGUUUCAUGUUACAUUUUAAUGAUAAAAGUGUUUAAAAAUGAAACAUUUGGAACAAAAUUUCUUCAGUAAAUUGGAGAGUUCCUUUAAUCCAGCUGGGACUAAAAAUCCCUGAUUCCAAAGUUCCGGAACUCAUCAGACUCUAGAUGUUGAGAAGCUGAAACACAAAGGAAACAUCUCUGAUGGAUCUGAUUGGUCAGAACGUCGCCAUACCUGCAGGACGUUGGGAUGUGGAGACGAGGAUCAUCUGAUGCUCACUGGUUUUUCUGAGACCUGGUGAGGUUCUGGAGAACCUUCCUUUCUGCUUCUUCCUGAAGAACGCUCCCUGCUGGUUUCUUUUCCUUGGAUUUGUGCUUUUAUGAUGGUGAAAGGAUCCGGUUCCUCGUCAAGAAGAACUUUGAGAAGAUAAUGGAUUGGAAGGAGCUAGCGGCUCAGAAACUCAGUCUGUCCCGUAGGAAGAAGUCCCAGCCGGGACCCGGAUCCCCUCCCGGUGAGGCCUCGGGGCCCCCGCUAGUCUUCUCCGGUGGCUUCAGCGGGGCACUGCAGCUCUCGCCUCCCGCCAUCCCACCAUGUCUCCUCCGAGCCGGGUCCAAGGUGAAGGACACGCCCGGCAUGGGAAAGGUACGGGUGAUGGUCCGGAUCUGCUCGGUCCACAGCGGCGAGUCCUCAGAAUCCAUGUCCUUCCUGAAGGUGGACAGCAGGAAAAAGCAGCUCACGCUGGUCGAGACGUCGAUCGGAGGAACUUUGGCCGCCUCUCAGAGACGAUCCUCAGCCUCGGCACCUAAGACCUUCACCUUUGAUGCGGUCUUCCCUCAGGACGCCUCACAGGCUGAAGUGUGUUCGGGAACGGUGGCGGAGGUGAUCCAGUCAGUGGCGAACGGAGCUGAUGGCUGCAUCUUCUGCUUCGGACACGCUAACCUGGGUAAGACCUACACCAUGAUUGGUCGAGACUGCUCGACUCAGAGCUUGGGCGUGGCCCCUACGGCCAUCUCAUGGCUCUUUAAGGUGAUGGAGGAGCGCAGGGAGAAGUCUGGAGCUCGUUUCUCCAUCCGGGUGUCGGCGGUGGAGAUCUCUGGCCGGGAGGAGACGCUCACUGACCUCCUGGCUGAACUCUCCUCCUCAGCGGGAGGUCACCAGGAGGUGGCGCUGCGGGAGGAUCCGGUUUGUGGAUCACAGCUCCAGAACCAGACGGAGCUUCGGGUGACCAGCGCCAAGCGGGCCGCGUUUUUCCUGGACGCGGCUCUGGCAGAAAGGAAAAGCACCCGGACGCCUAACGAUCAGGAAGCUCGUAGAAACUCCCACUUCCUGUUUACACUUCACCUCUACCAGGAGAGGCCGGACAAGAGCAGCAAGGCAGCAGUGUCCGGCCGGAGUCGUCUCCACCUGCUGGACCUGGGGAGCUGUGAGACGGACAUCAGCAGGACCCGAGAGGGGGGUGGAGGCCUGUGCCUGUCUCUGUCGUCUCUGGGAAACGUCAUCCUGGCACUCGCCAACGGGGCCAAGCACGUUCCCUACAGGGACAGCAAGCUCACCAUGCUGCUCAGCGAGUCUCUGGGGAACAUCAACUGUCGAACCACCAUGAUCGCCCACGUCUCCGACUCACCGCUCAACUUCAUGGAGACGCUGACGACCGUGCAGCUGGCCUCUCGGAUCCACCGCACGAGGAAGAAGAAGUCCAAAUACGCUUCCAGCUCUUCUGGAGGAGAGAGUUCCUGUGAGGAAGGACCAUCCCGUCAACCCUUCCAUCCUCGGAUUGUGGCUCUGGACCCGGAGAUGUCCCUUCCAAGUGAUCCCGACUAUUCCUCCAGCAGUGAACAGUCCUGCGACACGGUCAUCUACGUUGGGCCUGGAGGGACCGCCAUAUCCGACCGUGAGCUGAGCGACAACGAGGGCCCGCCGUCCUUCGUUCCCAUCAUUCCCUCCCUGAACAAAAGGCGAGUCAAGGAUGCUCCCAGGUCAGAUGGGGAUCAUCUGAAGUGCAACACAUUUGCGGAGCUGCAGGAGAGACUGGACUGCAUCGAUGGCAGUGAAGGUCCUGCCACCUCCAGCACAGAGACCCGGACGGCGGGUGCUGCUAUAGCCACGGAGGACACACCUCCACCCAGAGCUGAUAAAAACUCCGUCCAGACCCUCCAUGGACCGGAUCGGGGAGAACCCUCGCUCUCAGACACAAGUCCCAUAGAUCCCUCCAGAAGGACGAGCGCAGAUGGGGAGAAACUUUCUGCUCCUCUCAUUCAGCCGUGUUUGGUGAGGUCCAGAGUUACCUUUGCCCAGGACUCAGAGCCCGUGGUGAGAGAGAAGGUUCGAGCAGAUGUUCCUAAACCAUCACCUCCUCAGACCUCAGCCCAACCCAGGACAUCAUCUGAGUGUGGAGAGGCUCCGAGCAGGACUCCCCCUGUAGGAAUGAGCUUUCAGGCUCUGAGGCAACCUCUUGUUCCCAUCGACAUGGGGAGGGCCCGUCUGACCAACAGACCUCCCGUAGAGCUGAGCGGCGUUCGAGCUGCGUAUUUAGGAAGGUGCCUGGACAGAGACUUCCUGAGGACCACGGUCACCCUGCAGCAGCCCGUGGAGCUGAACGGGGAGGACGAGCUCGUGUUCACCGUCAUCGAGGAGCUUCCUGCUGGCCUCAUUCCGGACAACGGGCGGCCCUCCAACCUCCUCAGCUUCCAUGCUGAUUACUCCCAGCAGGCCUCGGCUGCAGGCUGCCGCCCAGUCAGCAUCAUCAGCAGCAUCAAUGACGAGUAUGACGCGUACACAUCUCAGCAGGGAUCCGACGGGCCGAGCUACCACAGACCGCUCGCCGCUCCGAGCGAAGGCAGCAGUUCAGCACACCGGCGUCUCCUGAGGGAGGAGAACACGGCAGCAGAGAGCUCCUCCUUUCUGAGCUCACCGGGAACGUUUCAUAGACAGAUGCUGCUGCAGCAUGGUCUGAAAAGCUCUCUGAAUGACAGUGGGGUCUGUUUCUCCGAGCUGGACAGCGACCCCACCACGCCUAACAAACCCUCCUUUACCAUGUGCCCUCCUUCCCCUGACUCCAAUAAAACCUCCUCCGAAGGCUCCCCUAGGGGGAGAGCCAGCGCCCUGAACAUGCCAGUGCCAGCCCAGAUCCCACUUUAUUCCUCCCACUCAAGUCUUCCCAGGAAAAACAAGCCUACCUCAUCUGCUCCUGUGGUCUGCAGCAGACGGGAAGGCAGACAUGAGAGCCUUUUGCUUCAAGGAAGCAGCUUUGUUGAUCCCAGAGAGGCCGAGUUUCUCUCUGCAGGUAAGUCGCUACGAAGUGGCACAACUACCAUUUCCUCCAGGAAGUCUGGAGCGAAUAGCAACAGUGUACCUCGACCUCCAAAAGCACAAGCAUCAUCCUCGGCCCAGAGGGUCGUGGAUGGUUGUGAGAACUCCACCAACCGGAGAGCAGACACUCUCAUCCGGUUGCCACGGCUGACUCGAGGUGCAACGACUCUGGGGACUGUUUCCAUCCCUCAGAGCUCCGAGUUGAAAUGGGGACAUGAAGGUUCCUCUGUGGCUGGAACGCUGAGGUUUUCAUCACUGGGAAAAAAGUCAAGUGGACAAAAGGGUGUCUCCAAGUCUGGAUCAGCGAACAUCUCCCCUCCCAUUCCACCCGUCAGACAGACCAGUCAAGAACAAAAGACCAGGUCUCCAAGUGCCUUCAGGACGAGCAGCGACACCAGAAAGUUUACUUUCCCUAAAACUUCAGCUUCCGAGGAGGAAUUCACCGUUAGGUUGCGAGCAGAUUCAUUCAGCCACAGAACGUCUAGUUUAAAGAUCGAUCACGGUUCCCCCAGGACAUCUUCUAGUCUGAAGACUCGAGGGGCUAAAACAGAUCCUUCCCGGUAUUAUGGAAGCCUGAUGUCUCUGGAAAAAUGUGGCAGUCCAACCUCAUCUAGCUCAAAACUCGGAACUGUUCCUGCAUCAGGGAGCAGUGGCAAAGCCAACAGAUCGGUCCCAAAAGUCGACCUCCCAGCCCAGCCCCAAGUCUCGUCUGCGUUUAAACUCGGACAGAUCCGCGGCACCAGCAACUCUAGGGCUGCAACUUCUCCUGGAGUGAAGGUUCAAGCACUGUCAACCAGCAGCUCUAAAGGUCCAAGUUCCUCCCAGAAGCCCCUUGAUAACUCAGCUGCUCGCAGUCCCAGCCUGGACCCCGCCGGCAAGCCUCCUGCUCGUCUGGGGAACGGGACCAAGAUGGGGAGAGGCACCAUCAUGGACAUGAAGCAGGCUGUCAGCAGGGCGGCUAACAGCCGGGUCAGCGAACUAGCUGCUGGGAGGAAGCAGCUUAGCAGGGAGCCUGGAGAAAACCAAAGCUCCGACAGCGUUAGCGGCUCACCGCUCAACACGCCUCUGCCGUCGCCCUACAGCAAAAUCACGGCGCCUCGUAAGCCACAGCGCUACAGCAGCGGGCACGGCAGCGACAACAGCAGCGUCCUCAGCGGGGAGCUGCCCCCCGCCAUGGGGCGCACCUCCUUGUUCUACCACAGCGGGGGCAGCAGCGGCUACGAGAGCAUGAUCCGAGACAGCGAGACGACCUGCAGCACCUCGUCAGCUCACGACUCAAUGAGCGAGAGCGGCGUGUCCUCGUCCAACAGAGGCAGAGUGUCCAAAUCGCCCAAGAAGAGAGGAAAUGGACAGGACAGAGCGCCUUCUACAAGAAGACCUGUCUCAUCCUCAGCUGUACCUCCAGAGACACGAGGUUUCCUGAGGCGGCGGCUGAUCCCAGCUCCACUUCCCGACACCUCGUCUCUGGGCAGGAAGGCAGGGAAUCAGUGGGUGGACCUCCCCCCAUUGGGCGGCGCCCUGAAGGAGCCGUUUGAGAUAAAGGUGUACGAGAUCGAUGACGUGGAGUGUCUGCAAAGGAAGAGGGAGGCAGUGAUGGGCUCAGAGCAGCCGUUCCAGGAUGUGGAGAAGGGUCUGCUCUACUUUAACGUCCGGCUGAGGAUGCUGGAGAAGCGUCAGCAGCAAAUCCAAGAGCUGAGGAGCAAAUAUGAGCAGCUGAGGGCGGAGCUGGACGAGGCCAAGACCCGGCUGAUGCUGCACCCCAGCAAGUGGAGCGGAGAGUUUGAUGUGGACCAGGACCUGGACCGGGAGUCCCAGGAGUACCUGGAGGUCCUGGCUCAGGUGACGGCGGAGCUGGAGUUCUGUGUAAACCUCUGCAAGUCACGCGUGAUGAUGGAGACCUGCUUCGACGUCGCCACGGCGAUGCCGGAAGGCCAGCAGAGGAUGUGAUAGGAACCUGAACUCAGAAACCCGUUAUGGAUUCUGCUGGUCCUGGAUCAGAUCUGUCGAGACAAACUGGAAGUGCCUUUCUGUUUAUUGUUAUCUUUUACGUAAGAUGUCCUUAAUUAUGUUUGUCUUAUUUAUGAUUUUAUGUAUGGUUUUAUUUAUUAUUUAUGUUUUAUUUAUGGUAUAAUGUAUGGAUUUAUUCAUAAUUUAUGAUUUUAUAUGGUUUUAUUUAUUAUUUAGGUGUUAUUUAUGUUUUAUUUAUGAUAUAAUGUAUGGAUUUAUUUAUAAUUUAUGAUUUUAUGUAUGGUUUUAUUUAUUAUUUAGGUGUUAUUUAUGUUUUAUUUAUGGUAUAAUUUAUAGAUGUAUUUAUUAUUUAUGAUUUAAUUUAUGAUUGUAUUUAUGAUUUUAUUGAUUAUUUAUGAUUAAAUUUAUGGUUUUAUUUAUUAUUUAUGUUUUAUUUAUGCUUUUAUUUACAGUUUAAUUUAUGGUUUUAUUUAUUAUUUAUGACUUUAUUCGUGGUUUUAUUCAUUAUUUAUGUUUUAUUUAUGGUUUAAUUUAUUAUUUAUGAUUUAAUUUACAGUUUUAUUUAUUAUUUAUGUUAUAUUUAUGAUUUAAUCAAUGGUUUCAUUUAUUGUGGUUUUAUUGAUGGUUUUAUUUAUUAUUUAUGGUUUUAUUGAUGGUUUAUUUAUGUUUUAAUUACGGUGCUGAUUUUGAUACUCUUGUUAUGCAACACCAUGUUUUAGAUGUGAGUGAGGAGAUGAAGCAGCUGUUGGGUUUUAGCUCGACUCCAGAUGAAAUAUUUCUGAAACGUCCUGCAGACGGCUGCGUCUGAAGCUUAGCGAGACGUAAAGGUCUGAAGAUGCUCCUGAACAUCUGCCUUCUCGUGUUAAUGUUUGAUAUAGUGGUAAAACAAGCUGCUAACAGAGAACUAAACAUCUGAAAGGGUGACAAAUCACCGUUUGAUCAUAAGUAAAAGGAUCCUGUUGCAGGAACCAAAGGACUCAGAUGGCUUUACCUGGAGGACGUCCGUGUCUCCUGGAGACGUUUCAGGAAUCAGCAGCAUGUCCGUGACGUCCUGAAGCAGCAGCCUGCUGAAGGAAAACAUGCAAAUAUGAAACAUUUUAGUGUAAAUAUGCAUCUAUGUCUCAAGAGUAGUAAUGCAGAGGUCCGCCUGUGUAAACAUGAGCGACCCAACCCCAUGUCCUCGUCCUCUUACCUCCUCCGUCUCCACUGGACCUCCUGAAGGCUGGAGGUGACGUCACCAACAUCUGGAGACCGAACUGCAGCUGCAUGUCUGAUUAACGGAAACCGACAGGAGACUUCCUGUUUCUCUGAUCAUUUCCACCCAUCUGCGUUCAAACCUUCUCAUGCUCUUCCACAAUCGGCUGCACGAAUUCUUUUCUCUUUAUGUUUGUUCUGAACUUUUGCUUCAAGCUGUUUUUCUCUGCUGAUGUUUCACUUUUUAUUAAUUAAUCCAGAUGUUUUUUUAUUCGUUUUUUUACUGUACAGUUUUCUAUUCAUUCUAAAGAUAAAUAUGUUGAACCCUGGUUCUCUGGGUCCGUGUUCUGGGUCUGAGUCCAUGAUUUUCUGGAUCCGUGGUUCUGGUUCCGUGGGUUGUCUUCUCUUGUGUGUUGAUAAAAUAUGAAAGAGAAACUCAAGUUCCUGUUUGUGAAAUAAAAAUGGUUUUAAGGAUC